AUCGUUAUAUUUCGAAUUUGACGCUUGUUUGAUUUUUAAACAAAUAGUGAUAUUAAAGUUAAAUUUUUAAAGUCUCGAAAGCCAAAAUAGUUAUAGAAAUGUGUACAGUAGAAGGAAAUUGGAAUUAUGAAUUCGAUAUACUCAAUAUCGAGAAAAGCAACUUUACAAAUUUUGAAAUAAUAAUGAAAAACUUUCAAGAGUGUGCAUUAAAAACAUUUGAAAAUACCUUUACAGCAGACAAUCAUACAUCUAAAGAUAUUACACAGAAAAGUGAUGAUGAUUUAAGAGAUCUUAUUGAAAAGAAUAAAACUUUAAAACAAGAAAUUGAUAUAAAACUUAAGGAACUUCAGCAACAACAAAAACAAUAUGAAACUUUUAAGCAAGAUCAAAAACUUUUGAUUCAAGAAAUCAAAGAGAAGCAUGAAGCAUUUUUGAUGGCAAAGAAAUAUUACAAGAAAUUCUUAAAAAUGUAUUUUACUAUUGAAUCAAAAAAAGAUAAUAGCCAAACUAUAUUUAUACAAUUUUUUACUGAGGCAAGAAAAGACUCGGGAAAAUACAGUGUCCGGUUACAAAGAGACAUCAGUAAAUGCAAAUAUGAGUUGCUAAGUACAAAUCCACAAUUAAAAAACUUCAAAGAACUACAAAGAAAACUUCAAGAAACAAAUGAUGUACCUGGUGUCUUGAGUUGCAUCAGAAAAUCAUUUUUAACAAUAAAAGAUUCAAUAAAAGGUUAGUCACAUUAGUUCUUGGUUUUAACCCUUUGAAUCACCAGGAAAGGGGUAAAAUAAAGUGUAAUAUCAUUAUAUUAAAAUACUUUAUUAUCAUUCAACAAAUAUAAAAUAGUUGCAAUUCCUUAUUGAGGUAAUAAACUGGCUCAUCCAGUUGGCAACUGUAAUAUAUAAAUCUUUAUAUAUAAUAAAAUAUUUCUCAUUCUUGUAAAGCAUCACCAAUAUUAGUUUCCGUCACAUCAAGUACAUAUACUAUAUCACACACAUAUCAUUUGUACAUUUCCAUCAUAAUUGGUUAAAAGAAAACAACAGUUUAUAACAAAUAUCUUCAAGAAUUAAAACUCAACUUGGGUUGGGUAAAACAUACAAUUUAUGUAAUUUAAUCAAUAAUUAAAAACAAAACUUGCAUGGUACAAUCAAUAAUAUUAAAUCUAAAAUUAUUAACUAAGACUGAGUAUAGUGAUCGGCAAAUAACAAUUGAAAAUAAUAACAUCAAAACAAUCAAUACUCACUAUGACACUAAUAAUUGCAACAUAGCUUUCAAGAUAUUUGCUGGACUCUACACUAAAAACUAUUUUUAAUGGAGUAUUUUAAUAAAUAAAAUUAAUAUAAUCUGUAUAAUCAUCAAUUAACAAGUGGCACACCACUUUCAUAAAAAAACAUUUCAAUUAAAUAUUUUCCCUUGGAUUGGACCCAUAAGCUGCUUUGUUUAACAAAAAAAAAGAACAUUUAAUUCCAUUCAUCAUACAAACUCUCAAGAUUCUUCAAUAUUAUAAAAA